AUGACACAAGUUCUUGUUUAUUUAGAUAAUAUUAUGGUGUUUGGCAAAACCCUUGAAGAGCGUGAGGAAAACUGCAAAACAGAAGGGGUUCAAGGACCCUUUGAAUAUGCAGCUAAACUGCAUAUCCCUAAUAUACUAGCUAAAUUUCAGGUUCAGAUUUUAAGACUGGAACACAUGAACUGUUAUUUACUGGAGUGCACUACUGGGGAGGCAGAAGCAAUGAACCAUACAACUGUAGUGGAGUUCAUCCUCUUGGGUCUGACCAGUAACCGCCAUUUAGAGAUUCUCCUUUUUGUAGUUCUCCUCAUUGUCUUCCUCUUUAUCUUGUUCGGAAACCUCACUGUCAUCACGAUCACUCUGGUUGACUGUCAGCUUCAAACCCCGAUGUACUUCUUCCUCCGGAAUUUCUCUCUUCUGGAGAUCUGCUUCACCUCUACCUUCAUGCCCAGGACUCUCUACAGCCUCCUGAUGUCAAGAAAAGGUAUUUCCCUCCCCAGCUGUUUCAUGCAAUUAUUGUUGCUCUACUGCUUUGGCUCCUCUACAUAUUUCCAUUUGGCUCUAAUGUCUCUUGACCGUUACAUGGCUAUCUGCCACCCACUGCAUUAUGCCACCAUCAUGAACAGCAAGCGUUGUGUUCAGCUAGUGCUGUGCUGUUGGGCAGUGGGGCUCCUCAUCCUCUUUCCUCCCACAGUCAUGAUUGUCCUGUUGCCAUUCUGUGGCCCCAACCUCAUAAACCACUUCUACUGUGACAUGGCCCCAUUGCUCCAGCUCUCCUGCACAGACACACACCUCAUUGAACUCUUGGUGUUUUUUGCAGCUAUAAUUAUUGUACUUGGAACUUUAUCAGUGUCUGUUGUUUCCUAUGGCUGCAUCAUUGCCACCAUCAUGCGCAUCCCUUCUUCAUCGAGCCAGAAGAAAGCUUUCUCCACCUGCUCUGCUCACCUCAUAGUGGUUGUCAUAUUUUACAGCGCCUCCAUCAUCAGAUAUGUCCGGCCCUCUCAGCGGGGUGGGAGAGAUUUUGACAAAAAUAUUUCUUUCCUCUAUUCAGUGGUGACCCAGCUGUUCAACCCCUACAUCUAUGCUCUCAGGAAUAAGCAAGUCAGAGAGGCCCUCAGAGAUGUUAAGAACAGUAGGAAAAAGAAUACAAAGAAUCCAAGACAACCAAUAAAAAGGUUUCAGAGUGCUAAGCUAAAAGUGGAGAUUCCUAUUUUCCAUCACUAG